AUGAGGCAAGCCACCGUGGCAGCAACCCUCGCCCUGCUGGGCAGCGCCUCGGCGGCGUCGACCCAGUUCAACGGCGGCACCAUCGUGGCCUUUGACGACGAGACGCAGGGCCUCCGGGUGGUGCGCAACGGCUCGCUGCUCGUGACGGACGACCGCAUCGCCGGCAUCUACACGAGCCCGCCGGCGGCGCAGCAAAACUCGUCGUCGGUCGAGGUGGUCGACGCGACCGGCAAGAUCAUCACGCCGGGCUUCAUCGACACGCACCGCCACGGCUGGCAGACGGCCUUCAAGACGCUGGGCUCCAACACGAGCUUGACCGAGUACUUUGGCCGGUACGGCGAGUUCGCGUCGGCCGGCCACUGGGACGCCGACGACGUCUACUCGUCGCAGCUGGCCGGUCUGUACGAGGCCGCCAACGCCGGCGUCACCACCUCGCUCGACCACGCCCACUCCACCUGGGACAGGGCCACCAGCGAGGCCGGGCUCAGGGCCAGCGUGGACAGCGGCUCGCGCGUCUUUUACGCCUUCGCCUUCCACAACACCACCGCCUCCGAGGUCCCGGAGCUCCUCCAGGUCUUUAGGGAUAUCGCCGAUGAGGGCUACUACGAGGGCACCCCGACGACGCUGGGCAUCGCCUACGAUGCCUGGGGACCCGACCCCAACCGCGCCGAGAUUGAUUCCAUCAUGAAGUUGACCGAGGAAUACAACAUCUCGGUAAUCACAACCCACUCGCUGGGAGGACCUUGGGGAAUCACCAACUCCCCCUCGGACGUCGCUGCGCUCGACUAUCUCAACAUCAGCACGCCCGUCGUCUUCUCGCACGGCUCGUUCCUGACGGCGGGCGACGCGACGCUGCUGCGCGAGACGAACCAGCACCUGUCCAUCACGCCCGAGUCCGAGAUGCACUACGGGCACACGCACCCAGUGAGCCACCUGAUUCAGGACCAGGCGGCGCUGGGCGUCGAUACGCACUUCACCUUCAGCACCGACAUCCUGACGCAGGCGCGCAUCUGGCUGCAGCAGGCGCGGUACGAGGCGUCCGAGGACGUGCUGGACCAGUGGCGGCUGCCGCUCAACAACCCCAUGAGCACCGACCAGGCCUUCCUGCUCGCCACGCGCAGCGGCGGCCUGGCCCUGCGCCGCGAGGACCUGGGCGUGAUCCGCGAGGGCGCCAAGGCCGACCUGGUCGUCUGGGACGGCGAGUCGCCCGCCAUGCUGGGCUGGCUGGACCCCGUCGCCGCCGUCAUCCUGCACGCCAGCGUCGGCGACGUCGAGUCCGUCAUGGUCGACGGCAAGUGGGUCAAGAGGGACCGGAAGCUCGUGGUGGGCGACUACGCCGACGUCAAGCGCCGCUUCCUCGCCACCGCCAAAAAGAUCCAGGACAUCUGGGUCGACACGCCCCUCCCGACCCCCGAGGAGCUGCAGACCAUGUUCUCGUUCCCCCUGGUGCGCGCCGACCAGCUCGACGUGCAGAGGGGAGAUGGUGACGGGUACGGUGAGAACCACUUUUGA